AUGCAGGGGGGCUGUAAAAUUGAUGUUUUAUACGUCAUUGAACGACAAUAUUACAUAAGAAGCUACAUAAACGAUAUCAACGGUUUCUUUUCCAUACUCACCGAGGGACUAAAAAAUGCUUCGUCUGGAAUUGAUCUGAAAGUUGGAUUCCUGACGUAUGACUAUGAUGUAGACAACGAGAAAGCUUUUACAAGUAAUCUAACCCAGGUUACAUUGGAGAUUGAGAAUAUACAAAUAUCGUAUUCUUCCUCUUAUUAUGCUAAGAAGGCACUUGAGUAUGCAUACUAUGAGUUUGUGAAAUUAAAGAACGGAAAACGGUCUGAUGCUUACACUUACUACGUGUUGCUGAGUGCUUACAGAAGCAGUAGCUAUCCGGCGGCAAAUAUAGGAACGCUUAUCAGGAAAUCCAAUAAAAACAGAUUGUUUGCAGUCGGUUGGCGGCCAGGCUCUAGCCUGGAAACUGAUUUGCUCGCGGCUGUCGGGGAAAGUGAAAACUAUUUUGCUAUCGAUAGUAUCAGCAGCGACCUUGUUCCACAAAGACAGGCGCUACUGGAGAGGAUCCUUUCUUGUCCUUCUACCACAACAAGACCAGUUUUACCCACCUGUAAGCUUGAUGUUGCUUUCAUAGUGGACAACUCGCGUUACAUAGAUGCAAAGUACACGUCAACAUUUAUCACCGAAGUUUUAGACGGUGUGGAUAUUUCUUCCGGUAACGUAAGAGUAGCCGUUGUAACAUAUACAUCAACAGCAGUAACCCUGUUUGAUUUAAACGCGUACAACUCCUCUGAUAACCUUCGUCGGGCCGUUGAGGCCAUGCCAACCACUUCUUCGUAUUCUCGGUAUCUGAACGUUGGUUUGGAGCAUGCGCGUGAUAGUGUUUUUACCUCAGUCAAUGGAGACAGAGAUGAUGCCUGGAACUAUUACGUCUUCACCGGAACUUCGUCAUCAAACACAGAUUCAAUUGGCAGGGAUAUUCGAGCACAAGGAAAUUCUUUUUUGUUUGCCAUAGACAUUGGAACAUCGUACGCUUCGGAAUGGAAAGCUACGAUAGAUACCUGUGGAGAUGACUCUAAAUAUAUCUAUAUUUCUAAUGAAGAGAAUCUUCCAACCAUCAUAAGAAAUAUUACGUCUCUUAUAACGACAUGUCCUCAGACUCCGCGUGAAACUCCUUCAGCAGUGUCCACGCCAUGUAAAAUCGACCUUGUAUUUCUACUGGAUGACACCACUAGCAUGUCGGCUGCGGAAUUUGAGGACCAGAAAUUAUUUAUCAUUGACCUGAUGAAGAGAAUCAACAUUUCCCAAGAUGGUAUCAAGGUUGCUGUUGUGACCUACGGAGACAAUGGCUACAUGGUAUUCUCUCUGAACCGCUACAACACGUCAGCAGAAAUACAAACCGCUGUUCAGAACAUCGCCCGAGCCAACAGUGCCUAUGGAAGAUCGUACAGAUACGCAGACAGAGCGAUAGAGUACGCAUCAGAGAAUGUUUUCUCCAAAAACCACGGUGAUCGGAAGGAUGCAUCGGAUUACUAUGUUAUUCUGACUCACGGCUAUGAUUAUGGGGAAGUAGAAGAUUACGUACCUGUUCUGACGUCAGAUCCAAACAACGAAGUCUUCAUUUUAGUGAUUGAUUACUCCAGUACUGUGACGUACCGGUCAGCAGUGGACUCAGACCACUUCUUCUACUGGCCAUCCUUCACAAGUCUGACCUGCAACAACCAGAACUUCCUGUCAAACUUUACCCAGUGUCCAACGUCCACUCCUACGUCCGUUAAUAUCACCACACCGGAUUGCAAGUUAGACGUCGUUUUCAUAAUUGAACGCAGUUCAUCGUCGAGGGAUGAAAACUUCCUGCACCUGAAAUAUUUCUUUGCAAACCUUGCAUCUCAGAUACACGUAUCACCAGAUAUAAUCAGGAUCGCUGCUAUAACGUACAAUAGCGAUGAAACAACGGUGUUUAAUCUUUCAACAUAUUUUACUUCCGCUGAGGUCGCUUAUGCGAUUAAACAAAUCCCUGAUGAAGACACGGUAUCAGGCAAUUACAUUGACAACGCCCUGACUUAUGCUCAAACCGACAUCUUUACAGCAACCAACGGAGAUCGAGCCGAUGCUGACAACUUUUAUGUGUUUUCUGUUGAUGGCAGUCGCUCAGGAACGGCAACUCAGGGACAACAGAUACGUCAGAAUCCAACCAAUCAUAUUUUCGCCAUAGAUAUUGGUAGUGGCUAUUCAUCGGAAUGGAAAAAUUCUGUUGGGGAUGAAGAGAAGUAUUUUUAUGCUUCGUCUUACGCCACACUUUCAUCUAUAGAAUCUGACGUUCUUGCAGCAAUUACUACUUGCCAAAUAACAACAACAACUACACAAACGACAACCACUACACAGGUCGUCACGACAACACCCGAAACAACUCCAUCAACAGGGACAACUUCCACGACAACACACCAGGCCACUUCACCAACAGAGUCAACCACCACCACGACAUCUCACACCUCCACACCAACAGAGUCAAUCACCACAACAACUUCUCAGGCUUCCACAUCCACUAAGACAACAACAACCACGACAUCUCAGGCUUCCACUUCAACAGAACCCACCACCACGACUCUUACAUCAACACAGCCAGCAGGUUCUUCAUCAGCUUCAACAACUUUGACAUCAGCUCAGGUUACCACUUCAACAGAAACAACAAUCACGGCAACAUCCCAAGCUACCUCAACAACACAACCGACAACUUCGACAACUCAUCAAGUAUCUACAACAAGUUCUCAGGCCACUACAACAACACAGCCGAAAACAACGACAACUUCUGAAGUUCCACAAACAACACUUUCUACAAAGACAGAGACUCAAGGAGCUACAGUUACAGAUAUAAAAACCACAUCUCCGGGCACAACAUCAUCAGAGCCAACAUUAACAACACAACCGACAUCAUCAACAGAAUCAACAACUUUGACAACAACACAAGAAAAAACAACAGGGAUAAUGACAGAGACAACACCUCAAGCUACAACGACAACAGAGCCAAAAAUUGUGACAACAUUCCAAUCUAUCACAUCUGGAUCUGCAAUGCCAAUAUCAAUAUCAUCUACUUCUACACUACUUGAUACUACGACACAAUCAACAAGUGCUGCCACAACUACUACAGCAAAGAUGACAACAACGACAGCAGCUCAAACUACCACAAAGCCUCCACAGACAAAAUGUGGGGGAAAAUCAAUGUCGUACACUGACUUCAAUUCCCUUAAGUCUGGUGUAGACAAUGACAUUGAUAAAAUGUAUCUAUUUACUGAUACAACUUUCAUCCUGACUUGCUGCGGCCGGAUCUCGGAAUGGGAGAUCCACCACUCUGUUUCCGGUUAUCUAGAUCUAAUAGUCUGGAGACCGACAGCUGCAGGCAAAUACAGAAUUGUGGGAUACAAUUCUAUCCUAGUUUACGGAGCCAAUACUACAAAAUUUUCUGUGUUGGAAAAUGAAAGAAUAGCUGUUGUAACAGGAGAUUUGAUUGGAUGGCGCUGCCUCUCUAAGAAUGUUGUGACGUAUGGAAACUGUGUUGGUUCCCCGGGGUGUCCUACUAAAACCAGGAAAGCUGCUGGUCUGGGCAGUCUGGCAGCUGGGUCCGAGUUUGACUGGGACAAAGACUCCACCGUCCUGUCCGGCCUGGCUUAUGCUGUAAAAUUUACACUAGAAGACAAUACCCCAAUUCAGUUCCCAUCACAGAACAUUAGUGUUAGGGACCAUAUUGAACCUGGAGGCUAUGUGGCGGAUCUACGAUUGGAAGGAGUGGACUAUAUGGAGGAUGUUACGUAUCAACUCCUGCCAGACGCCAUAGAUCCCAAUCAAACAUGGACAUAUUUCACAGUGAAUUCUAAAGGAAGAUUGAGAACUACACGUCGCUUGAUUCAGUCAAGGAAUCUGAACAUGUACCAUAUGACAGUAAAUGCAGAGGACUCAUGCGAUAAUAAGGCCACAAUAUUACUCGAGAUCGCCACACAAAACUGGCCUCCCUUUAUACAUUCUCUUCCCAACUCUAUCUCAAUUGAGGAGGACACUCCCCAAAAUAAAAUCAUUUACACCACUAAUGUCACCGACGCAUACGGGGACCCUGUGUGUUGCACAUUGUCCAAUACUCACCCGCAGACCUUUAACUUCAACGUCACCAAUGACCCUCCAGGCUCCAGCGUGUACCACGUGACAACCACCAGCAUCGCUAAGUUUGUGUACGAAGACUUUAACUCCUAUCUGGUGUACAUGUGCUGUGAUGAUACCGAGGAUCGGGCCCAGGGCGUUCUGACUGUGAACAUCAAAAAACCAGUAAAACAGACGGUGUACAAACCACCACAAUGGUUCUUCACAUCUAUCAUUGCUGCAUUGGUGCCUAUCACAAUCAUCUUCUGUUCUGCAUGUGGGCUAUUAUGCCACACUAUGUUUGCAACCUAAUUCCUCAUGUAAAGCAACCACAGAAAUCUACGUAGAAAGACUGUGCUGUAAUGUUAAAAUGUAUGAAAGAAUCUCCUGUGUGAUGGAGUAAAAUUGAAAUCAUCAUAGUAAUUGAGAAUAGCCAAUGAUGGCCAUCAUUACGAUGACUCUAUUGCAAGAAAACUGAAAAUGUGCUAUUAAGCUUUUCAGUUAUAAAUAUCGUAAAACAACAAUAACCUGUAUAUACAGUUAAUGAAUCAAAAGUUCGUCAUUUGGAAGAAUACAAAUGUAUCGAAGACUCUUCCUGAAGUUUUAGUGGUCAGUGUGUGCUCUGUUUACAAUGUGUUUCAUUUCAAUUGACUUUUAAACAUGAUUACUGUUCAUUACUUUCCCAUCUCAUUCCUCUCAUUUGAAAUCUCUACAAAACAAUUUCAUUAUGUAUUUCUUUCAUACAAAGGCACUAAUCUUU